UCCGCCCGGCUCCCGGUGCCCGCAGCCGGCCGGCGCCCACCCCGCGGCGGGCUCCCGCUCGCCCGGACUAUGAGGAGAGGGACCGGGCUGGGGGCGGCGGCAGCGGCGGCGGCAGCGGCCCCGGUGCGGCGGGAGCGGGAGCGGGGGCGCCGCCGCCACCGGCCGGGUCAUGCCCGUGCGCCCGGGGCGGCGGGGCUGCGGGCUGCGGCGGGAUGGGCGCGCUCCGGGCCGGCGCCCUCGCCUUCCUCCUCCUCGGCUGCCUCCUGCCCCGGCGCGGCCCGCUCAGUGUGGUCUCAGGGCGGGAGGAGAUUAAAGCUGCUUCCCGAGGCUCGCCCCAGCCCAUGUCACCCUCUGAUUUCCUGGACAAGCUUAUGGGACGAACGUCAGGGUAUGACGCCCGGAUUCGACCCAACUUCAAAGGUCCGCCUGUCAACGUGACGUGCAACAUCUUCAUCAACAGCUUCGGCUCUGUCACCGAGACCACCAUGGACUACCGGGUGAACGUCUUCCUGCGGCAGCAGUGGAACGACCCCCGCCUGGCUUACCGCGAGUACCCUGACGACUCCCUUGACCUCGACCCCUCCAUGCUUGACUCCAUCUGGAAGCCAGACUUGUUCUUCGCCAACGAGAAAGGGGCCAGUUUCCAUGAGGUCACCACCGACAACAAGCUGCUGCGCAUCUUCAAGAAUGGCAACGUGCUCUACAGCAUUAGGCUGACACUGAUCCUAUCCUGCCCCAUGGACCUCAAGAACUUCCCCAUGGACAUCCAGACAUGCACCAUGCAGCUGGAGAGCUUUGGCUAUACCAUGAACGAUCUCAUCUUCGAGUGGCUGGAGGAGCAGGAGGCUGUGCAGGUGGCAGAAGGCUUGACGCUCCCACAGUUCAUCCUCAGGGAUGAGAAGGACCUGGGCUAUUGCACCAAGUACUACAACACAGGCAAGUUCACCUGCAUCGAGGUGAAGUUCCACCUGGAGAGGCAGAUGGGUUACUAUCUGAUCCAGAUGUACAUCCCCAGCCUGCUCAUUGUCAUCCUCUCCUGGGUCUCCUUCUGGAUCAACAUGGACGCGGCACCAGCCCGAGUGGGCUUGGGCAUCACCACCGUGCUCACCAUGACCACGCAGAGCGCCGGCUCCCGGGCCUCGCUGCCCAAGGUCUCCUAUGUGAAGGCCAUCGACAUCUGGAUGGCUGUGUGCCUGCUCUUCGUCUUUGCUGCCCUGUUGGAGUACGCAGCCGUCAACUUUGUCUCCCGCCAGCACAAGGAGUUCAUGCGCCUGCGUCGGCGCCAGCGGCGGCAGAGGAUGGGCCUGAGCAGCGGGACGGCCAGCCUGGAGUCCCUGCGGCAGCUGAGCAGCCGGCACGGCGGCGAGCACACCUACGCGACACUCUCGCAGCUCUCCAGCUCCCGGGAGGAAGAGCUUGUCCGCGAGAGCCGCUUCUACCUGCGAGGCUACGGGCUGGGCCACUGCCUGCAGCUGAAGGACGGGGCUGGGGAGGGCCCCAGCAUCUACAGCCCCCCCCCAGCCAGCAUGCUGCUGCGGGAAGGGGAGACCCUCCGCCGGCGCUACAUCGACCGGGCCAAGCGCAUUGACACUAUCUCGCGAGCCGUCUUCCCCUUCACCUUCCUGGUCUUCAAUAUCUUCUACUGGGUUGUCUACAAAGUGCUACGCAUGGAGGACAUCCACUCGGUGCCCUGAGGCCCAGAAAAGCAUGACUGCCUCUCAUUCUGACCCCUCCAGUGUGCCUGGGUGCCACGAACUCAGCCAGAACCAUGUUUCCCUCUGUCCCAGAGCAGUGGCACAGACGGGCUGGGACUCAGAGCCUGGAUGUGUGUCAGUGCUUGUGUCCCUUCAGGUGCUGGGGCACUGAGAGGGGGGAUCAGCAACCCCUGGCCCCCAUAGACAGCUGGAGAGAGGGACCUCUCCUGCAUGGUGUCACCCCCGGCGUACCCAGGGAUGCUGUGCUGCUAGGGGGACCCCUGGGCACCCAGGGAUACUGCACUGCCAUGGCACAGGGGAGCCUCUGGUACUUUGGGAUGCUGCACAGCUGGUUCCCUUCCAUCCAGACACCCUCCACCUCUCUGCACCUUGUCAGGCUGCUGCUCCUCCAGACUGCAUCAUUGAGCUGUGGGCCACGAGCAGCCAGGUGAGGGGCUGCAGUCCUCUCUCCUCCCCUGGCCCAGAGCUUGCUUGCAGAAAACAGUAGGCAGCACCCCUGUCUGCACCCGGACUGUGCAGGGUGCUGCCUCUGGCCCUGCAGCCACCAGCCCAACAAGGGACAAGGUCCCUCCAGCUCCCAGCCAGCUCCAAUGCACAGCAAAGCAGUGGGUCAUGAAUGCUUCCCUCCCUGCAGAGCCCAGAGCUGGGACACUGGGCAGAAGGCUCCAUUUCCUCUGCAGAAACGCCAGCCCUGGGGCAGGCAGGAGACGAGCCCCAUCCUGCUGGUGGUGAAGGGGCACAGGCAGCCAUUGCAGCUGCAGACAGGAGCCGCUUGGCAUCAGGGAGCCAGCACUGCACUAUCAGCAGUGUAGGGCUCACAGCCCGUCUUCCAAGGAAGAUUUUUUGGGAUCAAAGUAGUGGGGGCAGCUUGGCCAGUCCCUUCGGAGGAGCAGAGCGAGUGGUGGCAUCCCCAGACUGCUGCGUUCCCACAGAGUCAGCAGAGAGCCGGGAGUGAAAACCACUCGGCUCCCCAAGCACAGCGUCCCCUUGGUGGGUUCAUUCCGCUGCUCCUCCACUGGAGAGGAGAGCAUCCAAAACCUUGACAGGACAAGCUCAGCAAGGCCUCCAGCCCUCCAGAUCUGGAUAUCCUCCAUGCUUAGCAGGAAAUAAAAGCAGUAGGUGACGUUUAUGUAGGUCCUACAGAGAGAAACGUGUUGAUGCUCUCCUUUCCCCCUGCUCACAGCCAGCCCGGUGGGGCUCGCAGCCUGGCAGGGUCCAUCUCCCCCAACAGCCCCGGGCACAGGAGAGGGCCCAGGGUCUUCCAGGAAGGGUAAGAUGGAAACAGGAUUUGCCUCUUUCCUUGGAGGUCGGUGCCACCAUGGAAUGGCGAGGGCCCCUGUGACCCAUCUGUCAUGGCAAAAGUGACCCUGCAGGGCAGGGGGACAUGGAUGGGAGGCCAGUGCUGCCGGCUGAAGCCAAACCCAGGCAGAAACCCCCGCCAUGGCCCCUGGCCCCACUCCCCGGGCAGACAUUAUCCUCUCCCUUGCACGACUCGCCAGGAGCAAAGCUCCGCAACCCCACCCCUGCCCAGCCCCCCAAGCCCCAUAGAGUGCUCAGCCCCACGCACCCAUUUCACACACAGGGCCAGCGGAGAAGAACCAGCUCCAGGCCACAUCCAGGACCCACCAGGACGGGUUGAGCCAGCUCCAUCCCACUGCUACUGCCGUGCAUGUCUUCCCCACUGUGCGGGUCCCUGCGGGGCCCCGGCAUGUGCCCAGGACAGGCUUUUGAGACUUGUUUUUGGGAAGACCCUGUUUGAAGGUGGAGGAAUGGGUGCACUUGGUCUGACCUGGCACCUGGCCCCAAGGCAGCACUGGACGGGGAGGUGCCAGCGCCGGGGCAGCACUCGCAGAGGCUGUGCGGCCAAGCCACCCUCUAGCAGCGGUGGGUUUUUAAACAGCAUCAAUCUUCUACGCAAAUAAAGCCUUUCUUGGAUUUUCA